UCCGGUUUAUGAGUAUGAUAUAUAUCCUCCGCGUCAUGCUUGUGGUUCCUCCCAACCUUCGCGGUUUCAAUUCUAAUUCUAAUCUCAGCGCUCCAAUUCAGAAACGAAAUCGAGCUCUUCUGUUCAAACAGAAGAGUUGGAACAUUGGGAAGUCACUGUGUAGUCGGAAAUGCAAUCGUGUUCCUUCGAGGGGUUGUGUCCUACAAUGUGCGUUGUUUUUACCUGUCACAGGUAUCGUCACCCCAACUUAAACACUCGUAGUGUAUAUUCUGAAUAUCCUCAAUUUCCCCAUCUAACGGAACCUUUUCAUUGGACGUAGCUUGCAAUUAGUUCCAAGAAAUAUAACUUACAGUAAAUA